AUGGCAAAAAUGACCUUUUCAAGUGAAAUUUCCUGUGCUGUAGUCGCCAAGAUCUGUCAAGAUGUUGGCUGGCACACGGCGCACAAAGGCGCUCUCACAGUACUUGCUGACUUGCUUGAAAAUUACAUCCGAAAAAUUUCGUCAAUCGCCGUCGACUUUGCCAAUCACAAUGACCGCAACGAUCCAAAUGUCGAUGACCUGGCAAUGACCUUUAAAUUUAUCAAUUUUGAUCUCAACCAGUUGCGGGACUACGUUUUGAAUGUGAAUAGCUCACCACUUCCUCAAAAGGUUCCCAUAUUUCCAUUACCAUGUCGAGAAAAUCGCGCAAUCGACAACUGUGCACCGAGUGAUGAGGAGCGGCCUGAAUGUUACGAGAAGUGGAUGCCUUCAUUGGUGCACAAAAGAUCCUCAUCGCUUCCCGAAUUGAAUUACCAAUCUGCAGAGCAAAGUCAAGAUGUAUUGGACAAACAAAAUGCCACAUCAAAUAUUAGUGAAAGCGAAGCACCUGUUUUUGAGAACAAAAGUCAAAAGAACAAGCUCGUUCUUAGAUUCAGUAUGAGCAAGUCAGUUGAUGACCUUACUGAUGAGAAUCGUGUUCAUGCUGACGAUGAAGAAGCCAAUGAAGCUAAUUUGUCAGAAAGCGCUCUCAUUGCCAAACGACUAAAAAAAUCUCGUGCAUUUCAAAACUUUCUCAACAGCGCACUUUAUAAAAAUCCUACUGAUCCACAAACUAAAAGUACUUUACGUGUUGCAGACACGCAGAGGCUGCCAAACGCAUACCAGAGUCGCGAAAACUCACCUCAACCAGAACCACAAAAUAUUCUUCCUAAUGACGCUUCAAAUGAUGCUUUCAAUCACGUUGCUAAAAACGACACGAAAAAAGCAAAGAAAUCGAAAAGGAAUAAAAAUAGUGUUUUAGAUAAUGAUAAUCUGACUUUUGGAUAUUUUAAUGAUGAUCCCAGCGCCAGCACAUUGGUAAAAGACUACGAAUUAAAAAAAGUGCGCAAAAGUAAGAGCAGCGACUCAACAGAGAAAAAAUCAAAGAAAAAACUUAAUCCAUUUAGCCUCAAAAUGCCUAGUAUUGGAAUUGCCGAUGAUAAUGCAAACAUGCUGGACUUUGCCGAACCCGGUCCGUUUGAUUUGAAUGGUGAAGACAGUUUGCCCAAGACAAGGAAGCAGAACAAACCAAAAAAGGAAAAACCACCAAAGGUUCUUUCGGAAAGGAAAAGAGGACGACCGAAAAAAAUUCAGUUUAUUGCUUCCACAAACCCGACUGAACUUGUCUUUAAAGACGGAGAGCUACCACUUUCGUCAUCAUUGAAAACGGAAACAUUUCAAAGUGUUUUCGGAGAAGAUGAGGCAGCCAAACUGCUGUUUAAUUUGUCUGGAUCUAAUAUUACCGGAGACCAGGCAGGCCGUAAACGCAAAUUUGACAGUUUUGACAGUGCUGGUGCAGAUGACUCAAUGACUGAUCCAAACGUCAGCAUGAGUAGCAUCAAGACAACACCUAAAAAGGUGGGCCGCCCUCUGAAGCGACCAAAGAUAAAGAGCAGCAGCACUAAAAAGUUUGUCAAGUCGGCGGAAAUUAUUGAAAGCUCGGGCGACUCAACUGACGACGAUACAUUCAUUGACUCUAAUCCCGUCUCCUUGCUGCCACCACUACCUGAGCCAUCAAUGAACUUCAGGGAUGGCAGCAAUUCGCCAUCUGCUCGAAGGCGUAGCGAUUCUGUUUCUCCCAUGUCUUCCAAUUCUUCUCUUGCAUCACCCUUUUCCGACUUUUCUAAACGGGCUUCUUCAUCAUUGGAGCAUUCUGGCAGCUCGGCUCGCCAUAAGAAAGCAGAAAAGCACUCUUCUAAAGUCUCUACUUUAGAGUAUCUUGACCAGCUUCAUGACACUGGUAAAAAUAAUCGGUCAAAGCAAAAGACGAAAAAGCUUUCUAAAGACAAAGAUAAAGAUCGUGAAGAAAAAGCCCACAAGAAGCACAAAAAAGAUAAAGAGAAACUCAAAAAGAGCAAGGAAUCGAGGGAAAAACACAAGGACAAAGAAAAGACAUUAAAACCUAAACUUAGUUUCAACUUGGGUCCUGAUUUUCAAAGAACGCCUAUCGGUUUAUUUCGAAGAUUUAAUCGCGGAAAGCAGCAAUCAUUCACAUCAUUCACAAANUCGAGGGAAAAACACAAGGACAAAGAAAAGACAUUAAAACCUAAACUUAGUUUCAACUUGGGUCCUGAUUUUCAAAGAACGCCUAUCGAUUUCGAAGAUUUAAUCGCGGAAAGCAGCAAUCAUUCACAUCAUUCACAAAGUAUUAACACAUCUUCUCAAAUAUCCACUGAACAUGAGUUUCCAAAAUAUUUAGCAACUGAAAACACUGCUUCUGAUUUUGAAAAGGUUAAAAAGAAACGAGGCCGAAAGAAAAAGAUUCAGCUUGAAGAGGGAAGUGAUUCGGUUUUUAUCACGAAUGAUGCCCCUAAGGUUAAGAUAAUAUCUACGGCCACAAGUCUCUUGGAUAACUCAAACACCAGUAUUGACUCAGCUUCAGCCAGCUUUUCAGCCAAACACAAGUCCCGAGAAUCAAAGACUGAGAAAGAGCAUCAUCGCAAAAGAGAUUCUAAUGCUGAAAAGUUGCCCAAAAAAGAGAAAAAGCGCGAGACCAAGUCAUCAAAAGACUUUAAAAUUAUAACGGAGACAAUCGAAAAUAAAUCAGACGAUGUCACGACUGAGCAGUGGCAUUGUCCUCUCUGUGGUCUUCCCGACAUUGGCAAUCCGAUGAUUGGCUGCGACAAAUGUGACAACUGGUUCCAUUACAAUUGCGUUGGCGUUAUCACUGCGCCUGACAAAAAUCAAAAGUGGUUCUGUAUUGAUUGCAAAAAUCAAAAGUCAAAGAAGUCGGACACCGUUUCAAAGAAGGGGAAAAAGUCUAGUUCGAUUGAUGACAGCACAACUAUUACCCCCAUACCUUCUAUUGAGCAAUGCAGCAACUUACCAGCUCAACUAUCUAGCAGUUCAUCUACCGCUUCAGCCCAUGCUGCAAAGCCCAAAGUCACCAUUACCGCUUCUUCCAGUGGGUACAAACCUACGGGUCGUCCUCGAGGACGGCCGCGGAAGGACCAGACAAAGCCUCAAGUGACAAUAACGACAUCGCCGCCGCCAGUUUUUCUUCCCCAACAGCUGCCACAUCUUCCAUAUUCUCCCAGCACACAUUACCUGCCGCAUACUAAAUCGGCACAGAAAUCGACAAAGAAUAGGGUUUCUCAUUCUUCAGCUGAUCAAGUGAACUUGGGAGCAUCAUCUACCUCUGGGGCCCAGCAUAGAUCACCUAGUAAGCCAACUAAAAAACAAAACAAAAGGGAAACUUGUCCAACUUGCAAAGUCGCCAUCAAAGAGUCUGUUAACUUGGUUCGCUGCGACAUCUGCUCACAAGUGUAUCACUGGAAGUGUGCUGAUAUCUACAGUCCGCCUAGCCCUGACACAGUCUGGUACUGUGUACCCUGUAAAAGCCAACCUUCAACCAGCAUGUCCUUGCAACGGGAAAUUAUAUAUGAGGAGGAUGAUGAUGACUACGAUGAAUCUGAUCCGAAAUAUCGGUGCGGCAUCUGUCGCCUCGCCACUUCCACCAGCUAUGAUGUUUCCCAGUGGAUUGCCUGCGAUGAGUGCGACCAGUGGUAUCACUUUGAGUGCCAAGGCAUCACCGAGGAACCGUCUGGCCAAGAGUCGUGGUUCUGCCAGAAGUGCGUUGAAAGGCAAAGAGAGAUUUCAAGCCGAAUGGCUAAUUUUAACCGUGCUUCUAAUCUUCAGUAG